AUGAUGAUUCAUCAAACGACCAACUCGUACUCGAUGUACAGCGACCAUGAAGUCGAAACCCGCACUUCUCGGAUUCGCGCGGCGAUGUUCCCCGAUUGGACACCUCCAACCUCCGCCGCAGAGGCCACAACCUCCCUAAACUCCUCCUCUUCCAUCGUGGAACUGAUGCAUAUGCCAACUCAACAACUCAAACAAUCCGUUAUGGAUCUUCUGACCUACGAGGGAUCCAACGACAUGUCCGAAUUCUCUCUUCCGGAUCUUGUGAAGCUCAUGAACGAUCAUGACGAAUCGGUGGUGGCUCGUGCGGUCCACAGAGCCUAUAUGCUCUCCAGAGAGGAUCCCAACUUCUUCAACACCCCUGGAUUCGAUCAUCGUGCUUUUGUGGAGGCCUUGAUGGCGGCGUCGAACUCAUCCAAUGUGAACGUCCGUCGCAACGCCAUCGGAGCUCUCUCCCAUAUGUCUGAGCAACGUGGAGGUCCCCUCUUGAUCUUCCGAAGUGGAGGACUGGCAGCCAUCAUCCGAAUGCUCUAUGAUCCUCUGGAGAGCGUCUAUCACUACGCCGUCACCACCCUUCGCAAUCUUCUGAUGCACGUCUCCGAGUCUCGCGGGCAAGCUAGAGCUCUCAACGCCGUGGAGGCUCUCGUCCCACAUCUCCAUAAGACCAAUCCGAAGCUUCUUGCCCAGGUGGCUGAUGCUCUCUACUUCCUGCUCAUUGACGAUGCGCAGGCCAAGAUCUCGUUCCUGUCGCUUUUGGGACCUCAGUUAUUGGUUACCAUUCUCAAGGAGCACUCGGAUCAUCGGAAACUGGUGUACACGGUGGUUCGAUGCAUUCGAUCGUUGUCGGUGUGUCCCAGCAAUAAGCCAGCGUUGAUUAGUUUGGGCUGCCUCCCUGCCCUCUACGCGGAACUCUGUGCCGCCAAGGACGAACGCUCUCAAACCGCGAUCCUCGUUGCCAUGCGAAACCUCUCCGACUCUGCUACCAACGAGGAGAAUCUCACUCAUUUGAUAAUCAAACUCACCGAAAUCAUUCGAAUCGCCAACGACGGAAUGACUGCCUGUGCGUGUGGAACACUAUCCAAUCUCACUUGCAACAACACUCGCAACAAGCAAACCGUCUGCUCUCACGGGGGAAUCGACGCCCUGGUCACUGCGAUUCGCCGCUUCCCAGAAGUCGAAGAGGUCACCGAGCCGGCUCUCUGCGCGUUGAGACACUGUACGGCACGUCACUCGUUCGCCGAGGAAGCCCAGAACGAGUUGAGGAUCUGUCAAGCGUUUCCAGUGAUCCUAGAUCAACUAGCCACUCUGCGAACUCCAGUGAUCAAGGCUGCCCUUGGAGUGAUAAGAAAUUGUGCUCUCCUUCAAGCCAAUCUCAUCGAGCUGACCCAGGAGCAAACUGGAGGUGGUCAUACUGUAGUCUCACUGACCAUGGACAUCCUUCGUAGAGCUGUUACGGCCAUCGAUGAGAAUCCGGAUAUAGCUGUGGACGGUGUUCCAAUGUGGGGAGUCGUCGAGGGAUCUGUCUCUGCUCUCCAUCAGCUCGCCAAUCAUCCAGCUGUCGCUGCCGCCUGUUGUGAUGAUAUCGGACAGGGGAGUCUGGAAUGUCCACCAUUCCUGGACCUCCUUCAUCGUCUGUUGUCUCAUCAUCGGCUGUCUCAAAUGGAGGAUGAGGUGUUGGAGAGGGAGAUUCUCGGACUAUUAUAUCAGUUGAGCAAACGACCGGAUGGUGCUCGUGCUGUGGAGAAUACCGGAGUCACUCCGUUGCUCAUCGAGUCACGUGGCAGUCAGUACAAGUCGGUGGUCACCUAUGCGAAUGGAGUGUUGAAUAACUUGAAGCGAGGAGAGAAUGUGGCCACGCAUGGUGGAAGCGCAAUGAAUAUGUCGAAUUCCUACGAAUACGAGAUGUCCGGAGGAGCCAGCGAUUGGCAACGUGAUGGUCUUGAGCGAGAGCUAUUCGCUGAAAUGUAUCCAACCAACGACGGCGGGCAUUCGGAAUCCAUCAAUGUCGCAUUGAACAACUCCCAAAUGCGCCCGAAUCAUAAUUGGUACGAUACCGAUUUGUAA